UUUGAUCAAAUCAGCACGUAAUUACUUACGUAAGUCGAACAGAUGUUUAAGUACUUUCAAGCCCCUGACAUUUCUAAAUUUAAUCGUCAAAACAAGAAUUUAUUUUUAGAAUAAUUCGCCUUUUAACUAACUUAAGUAUUGUGCAUUGUUUCCUGUAAAUCAGUUUGUAAUACGUUUGACAUGGAAAUUAUCAUCGUUUAAACAUUGAAAUCCCUUAUCUUUAAUGACCUGAUACGUCAUUGCAGCUAUAUUUAUACACUGUGAUACUUCAAUGAGGUUUUCUCUUAUCUUUUCGACAUACUUCCUCCAUUCAGUAUGGCAAUUUCUGCCUAUACACGCGACCUUUUCCUAGCAGUGGCCAAUCAUGAUACCUGUACCGUCAGGAGGAUUAUCCAGUCGGGUGUCGAGUUGGACUUUGUACAUAAUGGAACCACUCCUCUAGGACUCGCUGUUUGUCAAGGAAACGAAGGAAUAGUUCGCCUAUUAAUAAGGGCGGGAGCGGAUGUUAAUUUAGGAAGUUGCGACCGCGAAGGUAGAACGGAACCUCCUUUGUAUACAGCUUGCCGGUUAAGCCGUCUGGAUAUUUGUUGGCUACUCUUGGAGUCACCCUCUAUCAAACUAGAUCAUUCUGAUAUAUAUCUUAAAUUUCCUCUAUAUAUCGCUACUAAAGAAGGUAGGUAUGAUCUAGUUAAACUUCUGCUGCAUAAGGGAGCCAAUGUAAACGCUCCUCGAAUCUGGUACGAAUGCCCUUUGUACUUGUGCGCUAAAUACGGUGGUAGGAACCGUAUUGCCGAAUGUUUAAUCGUUCACGGAAGUCCACUGGACUUAUACGAUUCCGUCGGGCGUACUCCUUUGUACUGGACUAUCGAGAGAGAGGAUAGAGAUAUGUUUCAACUACUGGUACGAGCUGGAGCUCAAAUUCGUCCUCGUAAACGACUACAUCCUUCUCAAUUACCACGAUCCUGGAAGAAUGAUGCUUAUUUUAGUGCUUGGUUGGAAGAAUUAUGGAGGAAACCUCUUCCUCUGACUCAUUUAAUCAGAUCAUUUGUCAGAAGGUGGUUGUCUUUAAAGUGGAAUGGUCUGGACGAUCGAAUGUUUCGACAAUUACCCCUUCCUCCGUUCCUCAUAGAAUUUUUAUUACUCGAACGUAAAGACGAUUAAUCUGAUAUAUUUUUAAUCAGAUGU